AUGCUUCCGCUUAUUCUGCGUCGAGGGAAGGGAGGAAGAAGGUGAGUGCCCGAGGCGUUGUCUUGUCUGAUCCCCGACUCCUGACUCUCGAGCGGCCAGCCCCACCGCAAUCAUCCUUCGGGCGCUUUUCCCCACAUUGCACCUACCGCCACAGGCUAUUUACAUUCAGAUGGAGCCCCUCUCCUCGAUCUACCUCCUCGGCUGCGGAUCCUUUGGCUCGAACCUCCUCCCCGAGCUCUCAACGUUUCGAGCGCGCCUGAUGCGCACUGCAGGGACGAUCGGGCACACGCGACUGAACGUUUCGUCGCUCACUUCGGCCAGGUCGAGGUCGAGAGCAAGUAUUGUGAGUUCCUCAAUCGAGAGUUCGACCCUUUCACAGCAGACGAGUCGUUUGAUUAUUCUCACCUCCCGAAACAUCGAUCAAAGCGUUCAAAUUGAUGUUCGUGCGACAAGUCAUCCCGGAAGAGGAUGCGCUCAUGCAAGCCAACCCACCCGUUCACCUCUCAAUAGUUCGGCUCGCCUCUCUCGCUCGAUUAUCAUCCCAGUCCUGCAUUGGCUUUGCUGGUUGACGACGAGUGCUUGGACUUCUUCAAGAAAUGCUAUGGCCUGUUGAAUGCCGUCCAAGUGUGUCCUGCUCCGUUGCGACGAGCGUGAGUUACAGAGUCUAAGCUCGCCUUUGCGGCUCGGCGCACCCUAAAAGAGUGACCUAAAUUCCUAUCCAUCUGUAGAUGCCAGUCCUUCCUGGCGCACUCUCAACGAUCCUCACUCCAGCAGCAGCCUCCCAGAUCGAUCCCACCUGAUCCCACCCCAACAAGGGACAGCCUCCUGAACCGAUCGAGCUUCCGGAAUCAGAAGUGCAGAACAACAGUUUGACGGCCUGCACGCUUCUCGAGGCAUCUGGAAUCCCUCGCGGUCGAUGCCAUGGACACACGAAGCCGUGUCGCCAGACGGACGUGCUCGAGCAACCAUUUGCGACGUUGAUGAAGAGUCUGUGACAUGUGGAAGCGGCGAAUGCACCGUCAUCCGAUGA